GAGACAAAAGAGGCACGAAGUUACUCUCGCAACUUGGACUUACAAAAAGGAGGCGGCCGGGUGGAAAAGGCGCCCGCGCUCGGGAUCCCGACACUUUUCUUUCGUUUUUUCUUCGCUCUUCGCCUUUUUUUUUUUUUACCCCGGCUCCCGCGACCGCUCCGGACCCGGAGCCGCCGAUGGCCGCGGCCCCCCGCGCUCGGCCGUGACGCCCGACCGGGCCCCGCCGGGCGCCGCCGCCCCGGGGCCGGCCCCGUAUGCCGGGCGCUGCCCGCCGCCCAGCGCCGCUUCCCUCUAUGCGGCCAUAGGGUGCACGGCGGGGCAGGGCUCACCAUGUCGAUGCUCCCGACUUUUGGCUUCACCCAAGAACAAGUGGCCUGCGUCUGCGAGGUGCUCCAGCAAGGCGGCAACAUCGAGCGGCUGGGGCGGUUCCUCUGGUCCCUCCCUGCCUGCGAGCACCUCCACAAGAACGAGAGCGUCCUGAAGGCCAAGGCGGUGGUGGCCUUCCAUCGGGGCAACUUCCGCGAGCUCUACAAGAUCCUGGAGAGCCACCAGUUCUCGGCGCACAACCACCCCAAGCUGCAGCAGCUCUGGCUGAAGGCGCACUACAUCGAGGCGGAGAAGCUGCGGGGGCGACCCCUAGGGGCUGUGGGCAAGUACCGGGUGCGCCGCAAGUUCCCGCUGCCCCGCUCCAUCUGGGACGGCGAGGAGACCAGCUACUGCUUCAAGGAGAAGAGCCGCAGCGUCCUCCGAGAGUGGUACGCCCACAACCCCUACCCGUCCCCCCGUGAGAAGCGGGAGCUGGCCGAGGCCACCGGCCUCACCACCACCCAGGUCAGCAACUGGUUCAAGAACCGCCGGCAGCGGGACCGCGCCGCCGAGGCCAAGGAAAGGGAAAACAACGAGAAUUCCAACUCCAACAGCCACAACCCGCUCUCGGCGUCAAUGAACGGCAAUAAGACAGUUUUGGGGAGUUCGGAGGACGAGAAGACGCCGUCAGGGACCCCGGAUCACACCUCCUCCAGCCCCGCGCUGCUGCUCAGCUCCAACCCCGGGCUGCAGCCCCUGCACAGCCUCGGCCACCCGCAGGGCCCCAGCGCCAUCCCCGUGCCCAGCGCCGACCCUAUGAACCACCACAGCUUGCAGGACUCCAUCCUCAAUCCAAUGUCAUCUAACCUGGUCGAUCUGGGCUCUUAAAACCGUGUACACGCUCCCUCCUUCGCACCAGCCCGCCUUUUUCCUUUCCUUUUUUUCCUUUUUUUUUUUUUUUCCCCUUUUAUCAGAGACUUUGAAAGCGAUGACAAACUCCUUAGUGGAUGUGUUGUGCCCUUUGGCAGCAGACUGGCUGCGGGUUUGGAAGGAAGGUAUGAGACCCGGCUGUGGGCAGUGAUGUUGUGAAAAGCCUUAAGGGUUGCUUAAAAGAUGGUCUCAGGAGUGUAGGACAGGAGCUGUGAUUUUUCACGGCAGGCUGUAAGGCGGUUCGGUACAGCAGCUCUUUCCAGCCUUAACUUCACGAAUCUCUCUCGGUGGUGUCACUCGAUAGGGCUGGUCUGUGUGGGAAGAGGCACAUUGGUAACUUUUAUUUGUACUUUUUCGGGGGGUGGGGAGGAAAGGGAAGCCCAAGGCCGCUGUUGCCAUGCCUGUUUGGAAGUUACACAUCGCUCCCAUUAUCCUAUUGUAGCUAUGUAUCCGUGGCAGGUGUACGAUGUACAAUUUCAAGUAAGAAUACAAAAGUUGUAGUCAAGUUAUAGCAGCAACACGCGCUCUAGGCAGACUCUGUAACCUUCUUGUAGCUGAUGCUAUGCAGAGAGACGGCUUCUUUGGCCUCGUCCCUGUGGUGCUUUCGCCAUUUGCUGGGUGGGAAAGGAAGUGAUGGCCCGGCUCCGGCCCCAGAGGAAGGCAGGGGAUGAUUCUCCCCUCGGUGUGCAACGACGGCAGGAGCAGGCUUUACAAAAGAAGAGGAAUUGCUGCUCAAGUUUAGACCUAAACGACAGUAUCAACCGCAAGUCACUCACCUUAGUUUUGUUUAUUGUUUAUAUUAUGUGAAUACAUUCUUUGGAAAAUAUUUCUGCUUUUAUUUUAUAAUAAAAUUUAGAAAUCUAA